GCUGUCCCUUUAAACCGAGCACCGGGACGUUGACGUCAUUUUUUAUAACUGCGCAGUGCUGGGCCGGAAGGAAGUGGGUGUUAGCUGACUGACGUUAGCAAGCAACAAUUAAUAAGUCGGUUGCGGGUUCUAUGGAAGAUAUGUCAGGAGAAAGUGUGGUGAGCUCGGCAGUGCCGGCAGCUACAACACGGACUACAUCCUUCAAGGGCUCCAGCCCCAGCUCUAAGUAUGUGAAGUUAAAUGUGGGUGGAGCCCUGUACUACACUACAAUGCAGACUUUAACCAAACAGGACACGAUGCUCAAAGCCAUGUUCAGUGGCAGGAUGGAGGUCCUCACAGACAGUGAAGGUUGGAUCUUAAUUGAUCGCUGUGGGAAACAUUUUGGAACAAUCCUUAACUACCUUAGAGACGGGGCUGUGCCGCUCCCAGACAGCCGACGGGAAACUGAGGAACUGCUCGCUGAGGCCAAGUAUUACCUUGUCCAAGGCCUAGCUGAUGAAUGUACAGCUGCCUUGCAGAACAAAGAAACCUAUGAACCCCUUUGUAAAGUGCCUCUGAUGACAUCAUCUAAGGAAGAGCAGAAGCUUAUUGCAACCUCUAAUAAGCCUACUGUCAAACUGCUAUAUAACAGAAGCAACAACAAGUAUUCAUAUACCAGCAAUUCUGAUGACAACAUGCUGAAAAAUAUUGAGCUGUUUGACAAGCUUUCAUUGCGGUUCAACGGUCGGGUGCUCUUUAUCAAAGACGUGAUUGGGGAUGAGAUCUGUUGUUGGUCAUUUUAUGGCCAAGGCCGCAAGAUAGCUGAAGUGUGCUGCACCUCCAUUGUUUAUGCCACAGAGAAGAAGCAGACAAAGGUGGAGUUCCCCGAAGCUCGAAUCUAUGAGGAGACCCUCAACAUCCUCCUGUAUGAGUCCCAUGACGGUAGGGGUCCCGACAAUGCCCUGCUGGAGGCCACAGGGGGCGCUGCAGGACGAUCUCAUCAUCUGGAUGAGGAUGAUGAGCGAGAACGAAUUGAACGAGUUCGUAGGAUUCACAUCAAGCGACCUGAUGACCGCACACACCACCACCAGUGACCUUUUUUCCCUCGACCCGUCGGCCUGUGUCUGUGACCCUGGACAAUCUUUGCACCGCGCUUGUGCCUUACAUCACCCAACGCCUCUCUGUCUCACUUUUACUCUUUAUUUUACCAGCUUUUCCUCCAGGAGACUACUAUGAGAUGAGUGUCAUGCAACAGUGUGUAGUGGUGAAGUGAUUUUUUUGAGUGUUUGUUUGCGUCCACUUGUUGUCUUCGUUGUGUGGUCUAACAGGCUGUUGUGUUUGGUUUUCUGUUUGUUAGUCUUGAUGAUUUCUAUCACUUUUUCUGCUAGCGUGCAGGAUACCUUAGACGUGUUUAUUAGCAUUUAUCACAGCAGGUGAACAGUUUUACCUGAGUGUGUGUGAAUAAAAAGAAUAUAGUAUUGUUGGUAUAAAUCUUGUGAUUUGAGGUCCUAACAUUAAAUUCAGGAGAACAAGAAUUGUAUCAUGAAAGCAGCUAAAAAUCAAUGUAAAUAAUUUUUGCUUCUCCUAAACACGGUUGUGACGGGUCCACUCUAAGGUCAUCAGUGGAUUACCUAGAUGUUGUACACCAUGUAGCCACAUGGUGGCAAUGUUUUUCUCUUAGAAUAUGUAACCAAGGUUACUUUAUAGCCUGCAGGUAAUGGCAAUUAAACCUUUUUUAAGAUUUAAUAAUUUUUGAUACACUUAAGAUAUCACGGUUGGGUGCAACAUUUCACUGUAGUGCUUCUGUCAUAUUUAGCUUUAACAUUUAUGCAUUUUCCCUUCACUCCACUAAAUGUUCAUUAUUUUCAGUGGAGGGAACUUGAGCUGUGACCUGAGGUGUUAAAUGUACCGGGGUGAUUGAACGAUGGAUGCUGAGGUUGAAGUGAAUGACUGUAACCAGAGAUCUCCUGGGCAGGGAGGGAAUCCUGUCUACAAGCUUUUAACAGGAAGAGAAAUUAGACCUGUCCUUCAUCGCCACAUUCAUCAGAGAAUGUUGUGUUUGCACACGAUGGGUUUGAGUCGAAAUAUGUCUAACAAUCACAGUACUUUUAGGUCUGUUGUACAGAAGUCAACAUAUAUGUAUGUUUUAUAUUUAUACAUACUUUAUCACAAAUAAAUUUCUACAAACAUU